CAAUCCUACUCAAAUGGAAGGAUUCCUCUCUUCCAUCUCAAUUACAGUGGUUGCAAGAUAUUAUGAAUUGUCUUAAACUUGAAAAACUCAGAUUUUCACUUAAACCUUCUGUUGAUACAUUUUAAAAAUCGCAGUCCUUUUUUGAGGGCAUUUCCAGCUCUUAGACAGUUGAAACUUGCAGCAAUGGAACUGCAGUGAUACACAAGGAAGGUCUCUGGUUGGACAGAACUGAUGUCAUUUUAGUGAUGUGGGGUGGAGGGUUAUUUUCUUGCUUUAUAUUUGUAUCUCUUCACUUUAUUUCUAGGACUAAAACCGUAACUUUUUUCCUUUUUUUAUUCUGUCAAUGUGCAAAAAAUAUGUGAAAAUUCAAUAAAAUGCUUUUGAUUAAAAAAAGAAAGAAAUGUAAGAACUGUUUUUGUUGAUCUGACUUAUUUAAAGGACCUGGACCUUUUCCUGGUCUUCUGGACCUGUGGGGCGGUGGAGGUCAGUUGGUGGAAUAUCGUGCAGCUUUGCUGGCCUCACAUGGAAUUGCCUCAAUGGCACUUGACUACCUGACAUGUAAAUACACCAUGGAAACAGGAAAGAUUGUGGAGCAGGACUACUUUGAGAUGGCUUACAAAUUCCUCCAGAAGCACCCUAAGGUCCUCGGCAGCAGAAUCGCCAUGUUGGGUCUCUCCCUGGGCACCAGUGUGAUCCUGAAAAUAGCUGUGCAUUCUCAAAUUAUGAAGCUCAGGUGUGCUGUGUGUGUUAGUGGGAGUCAUGUGCAGCCAAUGGAUGGAUUCUUGAAGGAGAUACUGGAUUACUUCAGCAAAAACUCUGGGAAUACUCACUUUACCAAAGAUAACGAGGUGGUCUGGCGAGAUCUCCUGUUGCCCAUCCCCACUGACCUCUCCCUCAAAGUGGAUGUGGGAAAACUCCAGUGUCCCUUGAUGCUGGUUGUUGGUGAGGAUGAUCAGAACUGGUGUGCCUACGAGUCUGCAAUGGAUGUGAGUUUCCUAACAUUAAAAAGUUCUUGACUGAAUACAGUAAAGCACAUGUAUCAAACUCAAGAACCUAGAGCCAAAUCUGGCCCUCCAUAAUUUUAUUUAUGUGGCCUUGUAGACUGUGGGAGAACACAUAAAUAGAGCCUUCAAGGUAGCAGUUAUGUGCUUAAACAUUAUUUUAUCAAUCAAAACAGUUUUGUCUAUAUACUACCAAAGUACAU